AUGGAAAAAGGACCAAACUGGGAAUCAGACCAUGUAGACACCAUCUCAUCAACCACCAACCAGAUGUCUAACAAGAAAGAACGUGACCAAAAAGCAUAUUUUCUUCACUGCAAGGGAAGUUUUCUCACUUGGUACUUCAACUUCAGCUUCCCUCUGCUCCUCACGCCGUGGCUGAGAGAUGAGCUCAAUCCGUCCCUUGCCAGGCUUCUAGAUGACCAGCCUGGUGAGCACCAGGCCUCCUGCCACCACUCACCACCCCAGGAGAAGACACUAGACUCCCAUCUCUGCUUGAAGGUCCUCAGCAAGAGAGAUCACAAGGAACUGUUCUAA